UUUUAGAAUUUGGCAUACACGUAUUUGGUCACGUGAUCUUUCCUUCAAAAGACACUUCCGUCUGUACAGCCGGCGUGAAUAUCACGGCAAGAGUUUGGCUGAAUUGUGAUUUUAAAUUAGACUGAAUAAGGGGUAAACCCCUUUGGAUAAGAUGGGAAUCAAAUUUUUAGAGUUUAUCAAGCCAUUCUGUGCAGUUCUGCCAGAAAUCGCUAAACCAGAUAGAAAGAUCCAAUUCAGAGAGAAAGUAUUAUGGACAGCAAUAACGUUAUUUAUUUUCCUAGUGUGUUGUCAGAUACCAUUAUUUGGUAUUAUGUCCUCGGAUUCAGCAGAUCCCUUCUACUGGCAGAGAGUUAUCCUUGCAUCAAGUAGAGGAACUUUAAUGGAGCUUGGCAUCUCACCCAUUGUUACAUCAGGGCUUAUAAUGCAGUUACUUGCUGGUGCUAAAAUUAUUGAAGUUGGUGAUACCCCAAAAGACAGAGCUUUGUUCAAUGGAGCUCAGAAAUUGUUUGGUAUGGUGAUCACUGUUGGUCAAGCUAUUGUGUAUGUGAUGACUGGCAUGUACGGAGAUCCAGCUGAGGUUGGAGCAGGUGUCUGUCUUCUCAUCAUCAUUCAGUUGUUUGUGGCAGGGUUGAUAGUGUUGUUGCUAGAUGAGUUGUUACAGAAGGGCUAUGGUCUAGGAUCUGGUAUCUCACUGUUCAUAGCUACUAAUAUCUGUGAGACAAUUGUAUGGAAGGCUUUCAGUCCUGCAACAGUUAAUACAGGAAGAGGAACGGAGUUUGAAGGAGCAAUUAUAGCACUGUUCCACCUAUUGGCUACCAAACAAGACAAGGUACGAGGUUUAAGAGAGGCCUUCUACAGACAGAACCUUCCAAACUUGAUGAACCUUUUGGCAACAGUGUUCGUGUUUGGUGUGGUCAUAUACUUCCAGGGAUUCCGUGUGGAUCUGCCAAUCAAGUCAGCCCGUUAUCGUGGACAGUACAGCUCUUACCCAAUCAAAUUGUUCUAUACAUCAAACAUACCAAUUAUUCUACAGAGUGCACUUGUCUCAAACUUAUACGUAAUUUCACAGAUGUUAGCAACAAAAUUCCAUGGAAAUUUCUUUAUAAACUUGUUAGGAGUUUGGGCUGAUGUAAACAGCGGCGGACCUGCUAGAUCUUACCCAGUUGGUGGUCUUUGUUACUAUUUGUCACCUCCAGAAACAUUAGGUCAUGUAGCCGAAGAUCCUAUACAUGCUGCUCUUUAUAUUAUAUUUAUGUUGGGAUCAUGUGCAUUCUUCUCAAAGACCUGGAUUGAAGUGUCAGGAUCUAGUGCUAAAGAUGUAGCUAAGCAGCUCAAAGAUCAGCAGAUGGUAAUGAGAGGUCACAGGGAAACAUCUAUGAUUAAGGAGUUGAAUCGUUACAUCCCUACUGCUGCAGCUUUCGGUGGUCUUUGUAUAGGAGCUCUUUCUGUCAUGGCAGACUUUAUGGGUGCUAUUGGCAGUGGAACAGGUAUUUUAUUGGCCGUUACAAUUAUCUAUCAGUACUUUGAAAUCUUUGUGAAAGAACAGAGUGAAAUGGGUGGAAUGAGUACACUUCUCUUUUAAACAUGACAUUUGUAUGAAAUGUGUGCAGUAUAGAUGUGGUAAUAGUGCAGCAAAUGUUGACGUUUGUGUAUUAAUAGAGUAUGUUUCUACCUUGAAAAUGCUUGACUAUUUGCUGAGAAAAAUUUAUCAGCAAGGAAAAUGCAUGAUAUCUGUUGAUGUUAUUAAAUCAACACCAGUAUUUUCAUUACAUGUUUACUUGUGUAUUUUCUAAUGAAUUUUAAAAUUCUGUUAUUAUUUUCAUUGAUAAUCUCAGUCAUACUAAUAAAAGGCAUUAUAAAAAACAAUGGAAAAAUAACAUAUAUAUAAAGAUUAUAUCAUGACAUUUCCGCUCCAUAUAUUUUCAUAAAUUAGAAGAAAUUAAAAUAGAAUAGGUUUUACAUUUUCUAACUGAAAUUUGCAUCAACUUUUAAGCAUAUCAUGGUGUGAUGAAAUUGCUGGUGUUUGAUUGAGAAGAUGAAAGGUCGGUUAUUGUCACCAUUUCUCAGUCAUGUGCACAUAUUUGUUUAUACAUUUGAGAAUUAGAAGUUAUUUUGUAUAUAUAAGUAUAUAAAUUUAUCAUGGAAGACAGCUCUUUGCCAAAUAUGUUGAAUAAAAUUGACACGGUCAGCAAUUGUGUUGUAAAAUGUAUUUGUAUGUUAAAAACUGAAAUUGGACUUCUUUCGACAUGAUUUCCAUUUCAAAGCAGAUCUUCAUAAAAUUUAAAAUGUUUAAAUUUUAAAUUAUUUUUCAUUCCGUUAUUUGUGCUAUUUAUAUUUUUAAAAUAAUUGUGACAGGUGUGCACAUUAAUAAAAUCAAAAGUGUGAGGAAAAUAUUUUUUAGAGGGAAAGAUUAACCUAGUGUUCCACUAUCACAACACAAAACCUAGUCACCUAAAUUGAUGCAUGAUCAAGAUUUUUAUCUUUUGAGCUGUAUCAUUAUGAGUGACAUAUGUUACACAAUCUAGCAUUGUUCACUGCAUCAGUUUACCCCAAAGUUCAAAGUUUAGAGGAAAAGGAUCUAUGUAGAAUUAGCCUUCAGCAAUCAAGGAAGUAGAAUGUUGUAUUCAAAAUCUCAAUUUUUGACAACCCUGUUUUAUAACCAUUGUUUUUCCUGUCAUUAAAUGUAUUUUAAUGCCUGAAGGAAUUUGCCAAUUUGACAGAUUAAAAAUGAUGAAUGGUCAUUAAUAGUUUAGACAGACAAGAUUGUUAUCUCAAACUUGAUGUAACAGAUAUAUUUAUAUAUGUAUUUAUUAGCAAGAGUUAUUAUCUGUCCAAAAUAAGUGUUUUCAAAUAUUGAACUAAUGAAAUUAUUCAGUUCAAUGUCUUUCUUUUCUGUAGGUGAAUGUAUUUUAUUGUGAAAUAAAGUCCUGCAAAAAAUGGUAUUGGUUUUAUACAAUAUUAGAGAAAAAAAUGAAAAUAAAUUGUUAAAAUACAAAAAA